AACUUACCAAAAAUCGAAAUUCACUGUUCAUUACGAAAAAAUCGUACAGAACUGUUCACGAAAAGGACUGGAUGAUUCUCUGCGGUAGUAUUCACGUGAGCUCAUGUUUAUUUAUCUUGGGCUGGCCAAGAAUAGCCGUCGAUGUGAGUUUUGUUUGUAAGAUGCAUGAGCUCACUAAAAAAACAUCUACACCUUAUCGGUCGCCCCAUUAAAAAAUAAAUUGAUGGGUUCGUCUCCCAAAGUCGAACGACUUCUCUCCUCUCUCCCUGCUCCCCUCAACCGGCUGAACAACACGCUGACGGAGAUCCAGCCUCCUCACUUCUCAGCCUCCCAAAUCAUUUUCACAUUCCAGUCUCAAUCAUCAAUCCCAAGCUCCAUGUCCUCUAAAUCAGUCCCUGCGACGAUCACCACUGAACGGACGUCGAUCAAUGACUCCCGAUUUCCCCCCGCACUCACCUCCACGAACUGGCUGAACUGACGACAGAUACCACAUCUCCGAACCCACUGAGCGGUCGCCAACGAAGGACGCUCGAUUUCCCCUCUCGCUCACCUCCCUGGACCCGCUGAACGGCAUGCCGGUGGGAGACGAGCCAUCCUUCUCGGUAUAUUUAAAAUCGAUUGAAGCUCCGAGCCCUCCUUCCCGACAUAUUUGAAGUUGAACGAUUCCUCUUCGAUUCCAUGGCUUCGAUUUCGAAGAGGGGUAGAUACGAUCUAUGAAGCUACGCGCUAAAGUCCGACACUUCAAGAUUCCUUUAAUUCACUAGGCCGGGAGAGGAAUCGUCAUCAGGAAGAGGAACGCGCCAACUAAGCAGAGCGAUGCUCUUCUUUAAUUUGAUUGCACAGAAAGGGAUAAGAAGGGUUUUUGCAGAGAAUGAAAAAUGUGAGAGGAAGGGUAUGUACGCAGAAUGAAAGAAAUUAUAUUGGGUUGCCCAUGAGCUGCAAGGGCACCCAUUUACGUCCAAAAUUUCUGGUAAGCACUAUCUCAAAAUAAACUAUGUUCAAGUAUGUUCCAGAAUGAUAUGGAUGCUUUCGAAAAGGUUUCUUUAGUGACCAAUCUGCUUUUCUCUUUGUUAUUAAAAGGGUAGAAUGAUUGCGGAAGAAGGUGUUGAAAUUGGGAAAAUGUACAUGUUUCUUGCUUAUAAAACUUUAUUUCUUUUCCCCUUAGUUCUUGGAGUUGCGACACAAGGCAGUAGGGGUUCAUGAGGUUUUAUAGGGUCAUUUGGGAUCGAAUCAGCAGGAUUGAUUGCUAUUGUUUUCCACUUUGCUUUCCCAUUGUACUUUGUAAUCGGUCCUUCAAUCCAAAAACAGAACCAUAUAGAAUGCUUGAGAGUCCAGUGGUUUUGUCAAUAUUUGCAGGAUUAAUCCUCUUAAUGCUUCUACAUCAGUGUUCCUGAAGAUGAGUUUUAUUAAACUGCUGCAACAGUUAGUUAUGGUCUUUUCAGAGAAGAUAAAGGAGUCCUUACUGAAACUUAUGAAACAGUUGAGAGUGAUGCUGCUAAGUGAAAUCUCUAUGUUGGCAUUGCUCCUUCUUGCAGUUUAUUGUUAUCCUCUGCAAUAUGAGCUCACAACUUCACAUACAACAACUUUCAUGUAUGCGAGAAGUCACUGCUGAGUGUCAUGGACAGUAUUUGUGGAGAAGAACCUACUCUUGAGGUAAUCAACAAUUUCUCAUCUCGAAUAUGGGUCAACACGAUCUACCAGCUGCAGCCUGCAGAAUAUGAAUUUUUCAACUAGGCUAGGCUUCCCAAGUUCUAAGGGUGAAAUUUCUCUUAUAGCAUUGUUGUAUGUGAAAUCUUGAUAAUACUCUAAGUUUGAUCAUUUAUCAGAAAGUAUUAGGUAAUUUUACUCUAUAUGAAUGUAGUUUUGCAGAGUUCCAUUUUGGGGAAAGUGCUACCUGAGCAAAAGGUUGAACAGUUACAGGCUAGGAAUAGGAAGAAGGGCCCUUUUGGCUCUCCCUUCCCCAUUAGUUACAGGUCAUCAUUCUUACUUAUGACCGUUCAAAUUGUGCUUUAGCUUAUGAUUAUUGACUUUUAGGGCAGUGGUAGACCCAAAAUUUUCAUUUUGGUACUGAUGUAUCCUGCAUGCCUCAUUUUUCUUAGUUCAUGUUAUGCUGAUAAUGAGAUUAGUGCAUCUGUAUUGGCGCCAUCUAUCUGUAUGUGUGAUCAGCUUGGUAUCUUACUUUCCCUAUUAUUUAUUCCUCUUGAAAAUAGUUAGAUUUAGUGUUGUAAUGCAAAUCUGGAUAUUGCUGUAGGUUUUGUAUGACCAUAUAAUAUUGAAACAGAGUUGAGGUUGGUAGAGCUAGGGAAGUUGUUAAUCUAUUGAGAUUACCAAAAACCAGUUGCUUUUGAUGAGAUUGACAAAUGCAUAUGAGGAGAAGAAUGGUUAUGAGGUUGUUAGGGGUGUUUCAAGUAUUGUUUUCGGGUAAAGUAGUACAUUUUUGUAGUUCAAAAAUUAUGCAGAAACUCAAUUAAACUGUAUAAUCAUGAUAGUUGCCACUGUUAUAAUAGAUCAGAAUAGUUAUGGGCAUUAUCUUGAUUAUAAAGAGAUAUUGUUCUUUGACUACAUAUUAGUGAUUCAACAUAUGUCCCUUCUUCUAUAGGCAAACUUUAACAGGAGAACAUGAGUGGGAGAACUAUGCUCUCGAUUGUCUUUGUAAUUGGGGACUUAUUAGUUCCAGGAUGGAAAAUUCAAAAUUCUAUGAUUGAAUUAUUGAAAUUUCCUUAUAGUAAUGGAUGUAUGAGUUUGAUAGUUUUUAUAGUAAUGAUCUUAUUAUCUCAAUCCAAAUGCAGACCGGUGGAAAGUAUCGAAAGAAGUAGUACGACAUGGUUGAAUGGAGUCACCAUAUCCAUAUAAAUCAUGUUGUUUACUUUAUUCUCAUGACAUUUUUAGUUCAUUCUUAUUUGAGUCAGAUGUAUAACUCAUGAUUCCUUGAUUUUGAAUUGAAGGCUAUGGCGACUUGAGGGUCAGUUUUUGCCUCUUGAGUUUCAACUUUCCGGUGCAUGUUUUGCUACAUUAAUUUUGUUGUUUCCUUAUGAACUAUAACCUUAUAUAUAUAUUUUCUCUUAAAUCCUCAACACUACAUUUUGGACAACUAAAUGCCAACAUACUGCUAUUUUGCUUUUAAGUACUUUGAUUAUCCAUAAUAUUAAUGUUACCAACUCUGUGGGGUGUGAUUCCUUGGUUUCAUUAUACUAAGAAUAACAAUUAUGUAAAAUA